GUUACUCGUACGAUGGGGUAUAAAGUAUAGCCGUGCUGGUUGUUGAUACUGACUGAUUAGAGAUACUCGAACGACUCUGAAAAUGAAUGUUGCUAUUGCACUCGGAUGUUCGGCAAUCUUGCUGUUGCUAAGCAACACGUUAGCCAAAGACUCGGCUACAUUCGACUUAAAAACAGAGCGAGAUUUAGAUGAAGCUUUUAAUCAAAUCCUCAAGAGGUCGCUUGAUGAAACUACGGCGAGAUCUAGAAGGGGCUGGUUCAAAAACGUUUGGGAUACAAUUAAGAAGCCCCUAAUUACAGCUGCCGUUAACGCAGUGGUUGGCAAGAGAGAUUUUCCAGGGCAUAAUCCGUUAAACAAUAACAACGGUGGAAAUGGUUGGAAAUGGGGACAGAACUCCGACAAAUGGAAGCAAUGGAAAGAAUCUGGUAAAGACAAAGUUCAAGUUGAGUAAAGUGCAGGUUCUGGUACAGAAUGUAGACAUGAUGGUGUCUUAGAGACUGUGACAGUCCUAGUUACACCAAUAUAAGCGAACGUUCUAGAAAGCAAAUAAAAUGUAUUUUUCCUCUGAAAAAA